UACGAUAUAAUAUCAUUGAAAUAAAUUUCAUUUAAAUUGUUUAUUGGCAUUGUCAUGAAACUUUUGAAUCACAGUUCGAAAGUUGGUUCGAUUGAGGUUGAAUCAUUUUCAAAUAGUAACCAUAGAAACGCGACGCGUUUCCUUAUUCUCGUUUGUAUCGCAUUUGUCUUUUUCUCUUGGCACGAAUCGUGACAAUCCGUUCGAAACUAUUAAACCAUGUUCAGGUGUUGAUAGCCUCAAUAUUUAAUCUUUACAGGAGGUUAAAAAAAUGGAUCGAAAAUAUCAGAAAGUGGAAAUGGGGGUGGGCGCGUUUCAUCACCCACCAAGAGCGAAAUACAGCGAGGAAACAAAAAAUUUAAUGAAGCUUUUGAUGCAAGAAUCCAAAAUAAGUAUGAUGAAAAGAAAAUCUAUUCAGGAAGCGAUCAAUAAAGGUGAAUCUUUACCACCUGUUAUGGAAAAAUCGAAAAUGGAAGCAAAUAAACAUAGUUUACAAUAUCAGGUUUUGAUGCCAACUGUGUGGAAGAAACGAUCAAAAGAUAUGAUUGUUAAAAGUGGCGCAUAUGAGAGAGAACAAUAUAGAAGAUUAUCUCCUUUACGUAAUAAAGAGAAGCAAAAGCGUCAUUUAGCAAGCAUGAUGGCUUAUGGAAAAGAUAUAGAAACUCCUCGUGAAUCAAAGAUUCUUCAUAAAACAAAGCGAGAAUCACAUAUUUCUGAUAAUGAUCCCAUUGAUGAUUUGGUACGUGGAAUUCAAGAAAGAAUGGAAUUUUUAAGUGACAUGGAAUGUCUUGGAAUGGGCAAAAAAUAUCGUCCUAUAAUACAACAAGAAAUAGCGCAUAAAUUACGAUUGAUUGAAUCAAUAGAUAAGCAAAAAUGCAAGGAAAUCCGAAAAGAAAUGAAAGAAUUUGAGAAACCAUUGCCAAAACCAUUUCCUUUGGGACAGCUUGAUGAGAAUUAAUAAUUUUUAUAAUUAUAAUUUUCAAUCUUUUAUACAACUCUCUAAUUUAUAUUUUUUACUUUAAAGUUUAUAAUAUUUUAUAGUAUUAUAUAAUAUUUUAGAUAAGACAAGUAAUAGAUAUAAUAAAAUAAUCGGAUAAAAAAUUAAAAUAAUAGUAAAGUAUGUAUAUAUAAUAGUAUGUAAAUAUAUAAAUCAUUUACAUACAUUAAAUUAUCAAUGAAUCAUUAAUAGAUUUACAUUCAUAUAGUCAUUAAUAAUUAUAUAAUCUUAAAAUUACAUAGAUAAUGAGAUAAUUUUUUUUUUCUUAAAAUUAAAAUCUAUUAAAUUUAAAAAUUAAAUUCUAUUCACAAGUAAUAGAAUUAGAAUUUCCCGCGCUUGAAAUAUAUAGAACCGCUAGUGUAAGUAGGACGUGUGAGAGGGCGCAUGCGCGGCGGGAGAAAUAAGAACGGUCCGGUCGGAGAAAUCGCGCUGAUCGUCAGUUUUGCGCCACACGGCAAUGGCGUAUGUUGUUGGUGUAUUUGUGUUGUGGUUGGUAUUUCGCCGACAAGUCAUAUUGUCAUUUCAUCAAAAUACGCAACGCGAGUUUACCUAGAACAUUAUUUCAAAGACAAUUGUGUAUACGUAACUGUAUUUUCGAAAAGCAACGGUGCAAUCAUCUCGCAGGAUCCCGGAUGAUCUACAAGUGAUCCAAUAUGGCGUCGACCGAUCUGUCGUUCGGUAAAUGAUGAACCCGUGUACCGUACGCACCUUUGACAAGGUCUUUCCGAGGUCGUCCGGUUUUUAAGAGCAACGUGUAUCCCUUUUAAUGUUGUCGAGCGUCGGUAGCUCUUUCUUUUUCUUUCUUUUUCAUUAUAGCAUUAUAUUUAUAUUAUGUUUUAUUUAUAUAAGUUAUUAAUACUUUUUGUGAAUUUAAUAUUAUUUAUAUUUUAUUAUUAUUCCAUUAUUUAUAUUUUAUUCCAUUUAUUUCAUUUCGUUAUAAACAAAUUUUUAAAUAUUUUUAAAUAUUAUAUAUGUGAAGUUUUAAAAUAUCAUUGAAAUAUUCGUUAAAAAAAUCUUAUUAUCUUAUUAUUUCAUGAAUAAUUAUAUUUGUUAUGAAUAACUAUUCAAAUCGAAUUUAUUGAAAUUGUAAUUUCGUAAUAUCGAUUAUCGAUAUAUUGUUGCAUUCAGUUAACAUUUACAUAAUAAUAAUUCUUAUCAUAAAUA